GACAUAUAAACAUAACCUAAAAUUUCAGUGGAUAUGUGGCAGGUUUCUGAAUUAUAGGGAUUUUGGGCAAUAUUCCUGGGAAAAUGGACAAUAUCUCGAGCAAAUUGAACGCAAUCCUUGAAAUGAGGAUUGACACAGAUAAAGAGGUUCUGGAAUCUCUGGGAGAUUUGGACAAUUUCUUCAUGGAGAACACAGUUCAGUCGCGUCGACAGCUUCGGAGUGAGAUUGAGAAGCGUAGCUUAAAGAUCAAUGAAGAUUUCCUGGUAUCUUUUCGUGGUGUAAAGCAAUCUCUCGAUGAGAUUUGCGAUGGAAUUGAGUUGAUGAAUGAAUCUGUCAACAGCAUGAGAUCUCGGCUCAAAGCCACCCAGAGUCAGACACAAGAUCUCAUCCAGCAGACAAAUAGCCUUCAGGAAGAGAGCAACAAAUUGCAAUUUAGACAGAAAGUGGCUGGAGCUUUUCUCGCGCGUUUUCAGCUGUCUGCAGCUGAACAGCAAGUUCUCUGCGGUUCACGGGAUGCUCCAGUGACUGGGGAUUUUUUCACAGUGUUGGAUCGUCUGCAGGGUAUUCAUGGGGACUGUAGGGUGCUGAUGCAGUGCGGUCAUCAUACUGCAGCCCUGGAUAUCAUGGAUGAGAUGAAUCUGAUGAAGGAGAGUGCACUGGAGCGUCUCUAUCGUUGGACACAGAAUCACUGUCGCAAUAUCGAUGCCAAUGAGAUUGGACCACUCGUGAUGCAGGCCAUGAAUCGCUUGCAGGAUCGUCCAGUGCUCUUUAAAUACGUCAUUGAUGAAUAUGCAACGGCCAGGAGGGCAAUUCUCGUGAGGAAUUUCAUUGAUGCCCUCACGGUUGGUGGACCUGGAGGGAAUCCUAAGCCCAUUGAGAUGCAUGCACAGGAUCCCAAGAGGUAUGUGGGCGAUAUGUUUGCCUGGUUGCAUCAGGCGAUUCCCAGUGAACGAGAGAAUCUUCUGAAUCUCGUGAAACUCUGCGACCAGACAGAUCUCACUGAUCAAAUUCAAGUGGCUCUGGCCAAUAUCGCCGAUGGUGUUUGUCAUCCGCUGGAAGUUCGCGUUCAGAUGAUCCUCAGUGGAGAGAAGCAGACAAUUAUUCUCUACGCCGUUGCCAAUCUCAUCAGGUUCUACCAAGGAGUAAUCAAUGGGGUUGUCAAUGGGGGAAAUCUCGAGCAAUGCCUAGCCAAUAUGCAGCACAACAGUGAACAAGCGUAUCUAGGCAGCUUGAUGCAACAGGUAAAGAACCUCCUCGUAGGCCCCAUGGGAACAACAAUUGAGCCGCCCCAGAGUGAUCUAGCACCACCAAAGAGCGUCUCAAUUCUCCUGGGUAUCAUGAAGGAGAUUCUCUCAGUGGCCAGCAUGGUUGAAGGCAGACAGUCAGACAUCAAGAAGAUUGUUUCCUGUGUGAUUGAUCCUCUACUGAGAACAAUAACAGAAUCUGCUUCCCAUUUGCCAACAAUUGACAUGGCUGUUUAUCUUCUAAAUUGCCUGUAUCAGAUGCAGAGCACCCUGGCAAUGUAUGAAUACAUGGAGGAACGCAUUGAGCGCCUCCAAGCACAAUCGGAUGCCCAAAUAGAUACACUGACGUCUGAGCAAGCUUCUUCGCUCGUAGCAAAUCUCAAUUUGGGUCCCAUCUACACUCUCCUGCAGAAUCAUGCAAGCAAAUUUGAGGUCGGCAGUCUAAAAAUGUUCAAUACAAAGCUCGAUACAUUCCUCGAAAUGCCUGACAUCCUGCUACUGCAGCAGAUAAAUCUCCUGCAGAGCUCGAAGCAUCGUGCAGAUGUCCGGAAGAGAUCCUUCAACGUUAUUAUUGCGAUUUACAGGCAGUUGUAUGAGAAAGUUCACGAUCCUGAGAAUGGAUAUGAGGAUCCUGGCUCAGUCUUCAGCAGAUCACCGGAACAGGUGGCGCAAUCACUGACGGGCUGAUUUUAUUUAAGGAAAGUUAUGUGAAAAGGAAAUAUUUAAGUAACAACGUCUUUUGAGGAAUUUAAAUAAAAACAAGCAGCGCCUCUGGCGGAUUUUUUGUUCAAAA